UAUAGAGCUUUCUUCUUUUGGUUUCAGGUUCUUCUGUCGCUUGGAUCCAGCCCACCCAAUAGCCCUGUAAACGUUAAAAUUAGUUAGUUUCAGAAAGCACCAGCCGCCUCCCCGCCUCCUUCCUCUUCUUCCUUCUCUCUCUCUCUCUCUCUCUGGUAAGACAAGAGUGGUACCAGAACCAGAGUAUCAUAGUAAUGGCGAUGCUUAGAAGACUGGUGAGGUCAAGCCCUAGUUUAUCAUAUUCCUCCCUUAUUCCUCCCGCUCUUCUAAUCUCUUGCCGGGGAUUAACUACUAAGCUUUUCGUUGGCGGACUGUCAUUUUACACCAAUGAUAAGGGGUUAUCUGAAGCAUUCUCUCAGUAUGGUCAAGUGAUUGAAGCUCAAAUUGUAACAGACAGAGUUUCUGACAGAUCAAAAGGAUUUGGGUUUGUGACCUUUGCUUCAGAAGAUGAAGCCCACAAAGCCCUAGAGGAGAUGAAUGGAAAGGCACUGAAUGGACGUGUGAUCUUUGUGGACUAUGCAAAGCCGAAAGCCAAUUAUGGUGGUGGAAUGCCAAUUGCAAGAGGACCUCCGGAUCCGAUAAAGGACAGCUGAUCUACUUAUAUAAACAUUUAACUUAGUGGGAGGCACUUGCAGGAAGAAUGAAAUGCCUGAAGAAAGGAAAAUCAACUUCAUCUGAGUUUGCUGUAUUAUCCUAUUCUCAAAAACAAUUUAGAAGCAUAGCAGGGUAUUACAAAGCAAGAACAUAUGGAAUUUUGCAUUGGAUGAAUUGAUGGGACUUUGGCAAACAUACCAAAAUCACUACACAUUUUGGUAAGGACAAAGAAUGAUGGAUGGGCUUAGCUAAUAUGUGAACAUGUAUGUGUUGCUUUUGUUUAUGUAAGCAUGCAUUUCAAAUAUUUGUUUACCCUAUUCAUGUUCUUCAUUCUUUUGCCUUCCUUUUUUGAUGCUUGUAAUUCCUUAUGUUGGAUACAUACACUGAAAUUUCAUUGCUUU